UUCAGAGUCAACGCCCUCCCAUUGAUUGUUCCAAACCCAUAAGUAUGGGCAUCAAGCUUGCUUCUUCGCUCUUCACAACCACUCACAUGUUCGUUCCAUACCUCGCUGUUCAUCGAAUAGAGUUUAGUCAUGGAGUCACUGAUCAAGAACCCCAUGUUUCCUUACAACAAACACUCAUCGAAGGACUCUGCGGGCAAAAUCCCUUGGAAACCAGGCGGCCUCAGACGUUUCCCCUGGUUUGGGAUUAUCCCACUGGUCUUUUGUAUAUGUUGCACAGGAAUUGCUAUAGGAGUCGUUCUCGAGAGUGAUGGUGGUCUGGAAAAGGACUGGUCCGGGCUCAAACAACCCGGUGUUCUUUUGGCCUACACGUCAACUCUUGCAAAUGCGUUGAUGGGGCUUGCCUUUGCCCAAGCAGCCGUGAUAUUCUUCUGGGUACAAGCAACAACGCCGGUACCAAUUAGCAGCCUCCAUCAUAACUGGGCUGGGUCUUCAAGCACCAUGGGCGCAAUCAAGUCUAUUUUCCAGGGAAAGGCGAUUCGCGUCAGUUCAGUGUCUAUCCUCGUCACAAUCACGGCUCUACUUCGCGGCCCUCUGAUACAACGAUCAUCAUCCGUCCAGGUCAUCAACGUAUCGCAGAACGGCACGAUUGAUCUUCCGAUUACUGUCAACAUCAGCAACUUUUGGGCCGGAAAGAUGAGCACUUUAGAUGACUCUGAUGAUGGGCAGUUCUCGCCCGGAUUUUCAGAUGUGAUUCGGGACUUCUUAGACAAAGCACCCCUGCGAAUUCCAGGAGCACGGUGCGAGAAUUGCACCUUGACCAUUAAGGCUUUCGGCUUCGAUGUUAUUAACUGCACUGAAAUCAGUCCCAACACGGAUAAGUAUGACCUUGAUCCUAAACAUCUUCCCAAAAAGCACCAAGAAGGGACGCCUUAUGGUAAAAUACCGAUGUUCCAGUCAUCGGUGACUCCAACCAUCAACUACAACCUCUCGGAAGACGAUUUAUGGUCGGUUAGGUGGAUGUUCCAGGUUACCACAAGGCGGAAAGCUAAUACUGGGUGCACCGGUGCUUACCUCAACCAUACAUGUUUUCUUAACCCUUCAGCAAUGCUGUAUGACUUAAGUCUCCAGGGAGAAAUUGCGACCUUGCAGUCAAAAAGUUGGAAAAAUGACUCUUUUGUAGAGCCCCUUGUUAUGAUAAAUCAGGUUUUUAUUAAUUAUCAGGAUGUAAAGGCGGGAAAUAACUGGCUGCCACUUUCGCAAGUCGGAACUUCACUGUUCAACUCAACUUCAUGGCUGAAGUAUUACGAUCGCGAGUCGUACAGAACAUACAAUGAAGGACUUAUCGCCAACCUAUACGCAGCGAACUGGAGUAGCACUGACUACAACGAACCUUGUUAUCAAUACUUCAACGAUCCGAUGGAUUAUAUCAUCAACAGUUACCGUGAAAUAGCCUUUCGAAUGUCUAUUCGUUCCGCUGCCGAUCCUAUCUACGAUCUGACGGGCGAAAUAACCGGCGAACUUGGCAAACAGCUACCCCCCAUUAUGCAGAAAGGAGUUCCCUACACUCGCCAUGCCACCCAAGUACAUUACGUUGCAAACAUACCAGCCCUCAUCCUCGCAGUCAUAGUCAGUCUUGCCGGACCACUCGCCACGCUUCUGCUUUUUGGGGGUUGGUGGCGGCUGGGCCGAGACUUUACGAUGAGUCCUUUGGAGAUCGCAAACGCCGUUCUCCAAAGCGGGAGGUCCAAAUCCGAAUCAUCGGGGGACGACCGCCCAACGAGCAUUGAUGGAUCAGCCGGCGACGAUACAAGUAUCCAGGAUGAAGCACCCGCCGCAAGGACACAGAUGAGUUACAACAGCAUCAGAAACGGCGAUGAACCUCAGCUACAAGGACAAUCACUGGCCCAUGUCUUCGCCGGUUGCAGCGGCAACGCUUCAGCUGACGAACUAGCCAAGCAUUUCCGCCACCGCGGCCGAACGAAGAACCCCAAUGAUGGGGAUGAGGAAGAGGAGCCGAAGGUUCAGUACGGCGUGGUAGAAAGCCAAACGGGGGAUUGUCUUGCUUUUACUGUGGUAACUGGCUCACAGGGGGCUGCUGUUCGUCGGCCUUGGAAAGGCGAGACGUUGUAGCACACACAUCAGCACCCCAAAACAUCACAUCCUAUUUCAACUUGUCCUUGGAUUAUAAACAGAGCUUGGAAAGAUAGUAAGCACGUACGACCAUACCCA